UUGGUAUUUUUUAGGCCCGUUCUGGACGAGAUGCACAUUGAACAAAAAACGAACAAAGUGAAAAAGGCAGAGAAAAAGCAACGACGCAGCUUGGCAAUUAUAAAAGCCGACUGUAAUGUCUCGCAAAAUGACUCGCCCACCCUCUACUUGGCCAUACUCAACGUAGGACUUAGCAAUGGACUAUCCGAAGAGGCGCUGCUCACCGCAGCCGCUGCAACAGGCGGUCAGGUGUCUCAGGUGCUGAUGUUGCCUUCGAAAUCGUAUUGUUUUCUUAUGUGCACCACAUUGGCGGAUGCGCAGCUAGUGUACGAUGGCAUGCAUAAUCGGGCGACCAUUGGUCAGAAAGGUGCCGUUGCCUAUCUUAGCUAUGUGUCGGAAUUGCCGCAGCAAAGAGAAGAAAACGGCUGGCAGAAGCCUCUGCCAGGUGGACUCGUGCUGUUGCCGGAUUUCGUCAGUGAGGCGGAGGAGGCAGCGUUGCUAGAAGCAAUUGCUGUUGGUGCUGCCAGCCCUACGGACAGCCUAAAGCACAGGCAAGUCAAGCAUUUUGGCUACGAGUUUCUCUAUGGCAGCAACAAUGUGAAUCCGUUACAACCCCUCGAGCAGGGUAUUCCAGCAGCUUGCAAUUUCAUGUGGGAGCGCUUGGAGUUGCCAGCAUUUGAGCCACCCGAUCAACUCACAGUCAAUGAGUAUGAACCAGGACAGGGUAUACCGCCGCACGUGGACACGCAUAGCGCCUUCAAGGAUCCUAUACUGUCGCUGUCACUGCAAUCUGAUGUUGUGAUGGACUUUCGUCGCGGGGAUCAGCUCGUGCAUGUGCUGCUCCCACGCCGUUCGCUGUUAGUCAUGUCAGGGGAGUCACGGUAUGAUUGGACACAUGGCAUCCGACCGAAGCAUAUCGAUGUAGUGGCCACGCCAUCGGGCAGUCUGACAACUCAAGCACGUAGUAAGAGAACCUCUCUUACCUUCAGGCGCCUACGUCGUGGUCCUUGUGAUUGUCAAUAUCCCACGCUGUGCGAUACGCAACAGACGGCAACUCCUCAAGAGGUGUGUGAUAAGCUGGCCACCCAUGCCAGCCACCUGGAGCAGCAGAAUGUACAUGAAGUCUAUGACAAGAUUGCAAACCAUUUUAGCGAUACGCGUCACACACCCUGGCCACAAGUUGCCGAGUUCCUGAACUCUUUUGAGCCACAAUCUGUGCUGCUGGACGUGGGCUGUGGCAAUGGAAAGUACUUGGGCUGUAAUCCUCAACUGCUGUCCAUUGGCUGUGAUCGUUCGCUGGGCUUGCUGGGCGUGGGAAACGCGCGUGGCCUUUCGGUCUUUCGUUGCGAUUGCUUGCAGCUGCCUGUGCGCAGCUCCAGCAUCGAUGGUUGCAUUAGCAUUGCGGUAAUCCAUCAUCUGGCUAGCAGCGAACGGCGGUUAACAGCACUUAAUGAGCUCUGUCGCGUGCUACGUCCAGGUGGAAGGGCGCUCGUCUAUGUCUGGGCCAAGGAUCAGCGUAAGAACGAUAAGAAAUCGACGUAUUUAAGGCAAAAUACCGCCGUCAAUAAGGAACACACGACGGAGCAGGCGCAGCGUCAGAAGCUUGCACGACAGCUGGAAAGCAUGGAUCAGCAGUUGCCAGUUUCUUUACCAGUGCACACGAACCGAACGGAGUUCCAGCAGCAGGAUGUCUAUGUGCCAUGGAAAACCAAAGAUGAACAGCGUACAACCUUUCUACGCUACUAUCAUGUGUUCGAGGAGCUGGAACUGGAAAAGUUGGUGGAUCAAAUGGAAGGAGUUGUGAUUAGGAAAAGUUACUAUGAUCAGGGCAAUCAUUGUGUGAUCUUUGAAAAAAGCUAAAAUUUAAAAUUGAUAGAUAAUAUAAGACUAAAGACAAACCUGU